AUGCUGCACAAACGUCAUUCCGGAUCCCCCUCAGCUUCAGAGAGCGACACCAGCAGCGACUCUUCUAUUUCCUCAAUGGAACACUUGCAACCUCACCCUAAGAAGUCAUCUAAAAAACGCGGGCGCAAAUCUGAUAAAGGUGACCUGAGAAGUAAAAUCUCGAAAGAGAACAACUCCGAACUCGAAGUUCAAGAGGAGUAUCUUGCGGCAGCACGUGCCAUGGCACGUUGCACCGAUCUAUUUUGCAACGUGGAGAAACUCCUAAGGGUAGGUCUACUCCUACAGCAAGAGCAGGCCACAGAGAAUGGAGAAUUGGAAGAGUCGGAGGCCGAGCGCGAAUCCCGUCAGAAAAGGCUUGCAAGUCUUUCAACCAAUACCCUCGAUUGGUACAAGCAGCAACUAUCAGCAUCCAAGGAACUCACUCAGAUCGCACGAAAGAUGACUGCUGUUAUUAGUGGAACACGUUCGGACGAUGCAACUCGCUUGAAGGUCCAAAUCGGCCACUAUGUGGCGCCUGAACCAUUAAAAGAAGAUCCCGCAUUGGCCCGAAAAUGGAUGGAGAUCGGAUGUAUUCGUAUGACCUCAAUCGACUUUCUGGUGUUUCUGUGGGCCAGAAAUCCUCCUGGCAGCAGGUACGACAAGGAUGCCAUGCACGAGGGCCUGUUCCAGGGCUAUCUCAUUGAGCGUAUAAUGUGUCAUAUUUUUACAGGUCCGUCCACUGCAUUAGGUGACGACUCACGCGCUACGUGUUCGUGCAACGCGUCCCUGCAUGAUAUGACUACUGUCGAGGCAGAGCAUAUAGCAUAUGCUUGCGUUCAGGCACGCUUCGCCAUCAGCAACAAGAACAAAUGGUCUGAAGCGGACGGCGAAUUCAACAACCGAGCCUUUUACUACAACAUCAUCGACUUCAUUCGCGAGUGCGAGGACAGAGAUUGGGCAGAGGGACUUCUCAAAUGGUGGAACAGGGCAUUGUUUAAGAAUGAAAACGGGCGCGAAGGUGGAACGACUAUAACUGACGACAACGGACCAGGCAACGCGGCUGGCUCUUCCUCGGCUCCAAUCAACAGCCUAGCCAAGAUGCGAGCGCAGAUGGCCGCUCGUGCCAGCACUGCCAAACAACCCGCAGCACCUGAACUCACUCCGACUAUCCCAACACCGCCUCAAAGCUCUGUCACCCCGGAACCGGAACUCCCCCCACUGCCAAUUGCUUCUGUCACCCCGCAACCGGAACUCCCCCCACCGCCAAUCGUUCGAUCUCCAAGGCUCAUGCAGAUGGCCCCCAUCCCACCAAAAUCACCUGCACUGAGUGAACUCACGCCAGAUGAUGUUCCAUCUGACAACAAUGAGGACCUGGAGGACGUCAGCACCAACAAAAAGAGGAAAAAGAAGGCACCGAAAACCAGCCGGGGUAAGACCAAGCACCGCGUGAUAGAGGAAUCCGAUGAUGAGGACCAGGAACUGGCCAAGCCAACCAAAGGUCGCACCAAACGCGCAGCACGCAGAAAAUAGAUGGUAUCGGUAUGUUCAUUUUGCCUUAUACUUACUAUGUCAUCACUCGAUUUUCCUUGAUCGGUUUUAGAUUUUUCACUUCAUCGCUCGUUCGGACUUGGCAGCCGCUUCUCGAAUCACCGCAUUUUCACACUGGACUUUGCCUCGUUGCACUCAUAUUCUCACGCUGGGACUUUUGGCGUUGUGCUCUUGUUACCUCCGACAUUGCUUUCUAUGUUAUCUCUGGGUUCUCUCAUUCAGUGAUAUCCUGCUAGUGCAGUAGGUUCCUUACAUUGUAGCGCCUUACAAUACAUUGUACUAUCAUGAUGAUAAUGAAUAUCUGACUUUAACUGAAUA